AUGGCUGACCAGCCGUCCGAGACGGACGCCGACGAUGUCGAAUAUGCCAUCGACGGCACAGAGCACUCGCGCGACGGCUACGGCAACCUCGUCACCGUCGAAGAGCAGCGCGAGAUGCUGGAAGAAGAAGAAAGGCUGCACCGAGCGAUGAAGGACAUGCGGGCCCAGCGUGAGGCCAGCGUCCGCGCGGCCUUUCCCGUGGCCUUUUCCAUCCCGCAAGCCGUCUACACAGCGGCUUCCGAGAACCCGCAGCAGCUGUCCGACGCCGACCGCGCGCGCAUUCUCGCGCGCGGCGACGUGCACGCGCGCGCCCUUGUUAGCCCGCGCGACUUGACGCAGGCCGAGCGCUACCGCAUCCUCGGCUGGCCGGCCCCGGACGUCGUCGAGCAGCGCAUCCGCGCGGCCACGAGGCCCACGGGCACGGAGCUGAGCACGCCGGCCGAGCUGUUCGCCAAGGCCGAGCGCCAGGGCACAGACACGCUGACGCCGAUCGAGCGGCAUCUGCUGGGCCAAGGAUUCCGCGUCGAAGGGUCCGCGUUUGAGGACGACGACUUUAGCGACGAGGAGCAGGAACGGGCGAACAAGAAGGCCAAAAACGUAGCCUCCACGCUGUUCAGCCAGUUCGGGAUACCGGGCAACCAGGAGGCAUACGCGGCCGCCGGCAAGGAGGAGGGUGUCAAUUUGCAGAUUGUGGCCGCGGCGCUGAUGCAGAGCAUAAACGCACACAGUCGCAAGCACGCUGCGAAGUUCGGGCAGCCCAUCCCGGCCCUCUGGAAAGCACCAGGGCCGUCGGCACGCUACCCACUGGGCCAGCCACCGGACCAGCCAGCAGAGGCGUCAACGGGACAGCCUGCCGAGGAGCCUGCCGAGAAGCCUGCCAGGAAACCUGCCGAGGAGCAAGAGGACGAGUCUGCCCGGGUGCCGGAGCCUGCCAGGCUGCCCGCUGAGUUCCUUGUUGGUCCCGGUACACCCUUCUUCCGGCGUCAGCUCGAAUCCAGCUCCGCCGCCACACAAGCUGGAUUCGGCCUGCCUGGCCAGCCUCCUUUUCAACCACCGCAAUGGCCCGGCUUUGGUUCUGGUUUGCCCGGUAGUCAUGGUCUCACUGGCGCGCCUGGUGGUCUUGGCCUGCCUGGUGCGCCCGGUGGUCUCGGUCUUCCUGGAGCGCCUGGCGCAUCAACGACAUCAAGUCCAGGUGUACAAGAGGGACAGGCGGCGUCCGAUGGCCCCGGGCCAGCUGAGGCCGCAGGUAUUCUUGAAGAAAUUACCAAGGCUCUCCUGUACAUCCACGGCGCGCGCCGGGCAAAGCACAUGGGCCGCGACGAAUUUGAUGACCGCUUCAACAGCAUCGUGGCAUCGAUACACGGGCUCGCGGACCGGUUCAACGCGGCGGCGCCGCCCGCCCCGCCGCAUCCAUUCGUUCGGGGUCUACCGCGCAGCCAAAUUACCCUUCCUCCGCCGCGUCGUGUUUUGGGACCGAACCCGUUUGGGCUGCGCCUGUCGCACGACGGCAACAGCGUCAGCUCUGCCGACCGCAACGUCACGCGCGACAACGAACCGCCACGCUGGAGCACGCAGGUCGCGCCGCGGACGAUUUGGAGCGCCACCAUCCCGCAUCGGAUGAUGGAGCCCAGCCGGCGCGGUAUGGCCAUCGAUGAAUUCAUAACGUCCAUCCAGACAUGGACGGACAAGGAGGAGGCGGCCUGGCGCAACUACCGCGCGGCACGAGCCGCCGCCCGCGGCGUCGGCCAGGAGGCGGAGCCGGAGCUGGAGCCGGAGGCGCAGCCACCGCUCUUUUUCCAUACGCCGCCGGGGUGGCCGAUGUCGUCGAGCAGCGAGAAACCUCCGUUCAUCGUCUACUACGAGUCGGUCCAGGACACCGACGCCGCCAAGGCAUGGCCAAGUGGUGCGAUCCAGUACGCAAAGCACAAGUGGGACGCCAUGACGGACGACGAGAAGGCCGUAUACGCAACACUGUGCGAGGACCAACGGCGGCAAGCCUGGAUCGAAACGUUUCGAUUCCCUCGGCUGUUACGAUAG